UUCGGGACCGGGGGGGGUUGUGAGUUCGGGUCCGGGGGUGUUUCGGGCCCGGCGCCCCCCCGGCGCAGCCCUGAGCGCGUGUCCCAUCACUUAUUCAUGGAGCCGGAGCCCGGGCGGCUGCCGGGAUCCGCCGGCAGGAAUCCGCUAAGUAGGUCAGGCGGGGGGGGCGACCGGGGGGGCCGCCCGAGCCCUGCCGUGCCCCCCCCCGCCAGCACCGGGGGUCCCGGGGGGGCACCGGGGCAGCGAUGGCAUCCCCCGGGUGCCGGGGGUCCGAUAAAGGUGAUGCUGGUUUGGGGAGGGGGGAGGCAGAUGAACCCCCCCCACAAAGUCCGGCGUGACGCCCCCAGCCCCAUCCGGGGGCUCAUGGGGAAUUUUGGGUGGGAGAGACCCCCAGGACCCCCCCUCAGCCCCCCUGAGGGAACGGGAAUGGGGUGAGGGGGUACCGGGGGGGUUGUGCUGAACCGGGACCCCCCCGCGGCUGCCAAUGGCCACGCCCUGGUGGCACCGCGGGUCCCUCGGCCGUGCUUGGGUGACAGCCUUGGGGACACCCUUGGGACACCAUUGGGACACCCUCGGGACACCCUCGGGACAUCCCUGGGGGCAUCCUUUGGGACAUCAUUGGGGCACCUUUAGGGACAUCCUUGGGGGCAUCCUUGGGAUCCCCUUGGGACAUUCUUGGGGACAUUCUUGGGGCCAGCCGUGUGUGGGAUGUGACAGCGGGGACAGGACGGGGCCGUUCUCCCGCUCCCAGGGGCUGGUGAGGGGCGAGGCCGGAGGGAUCUGUCCAGGGUGGUGUCUGUCCUUCCUGGGGCAUCUGUCCAUCCUUCCCCAGGAUGUGUCUGUCCGUCCUGGGGACAUGUCUGUCCUUCCUGGGCCAUCUGUCCAUCCUUCCAGGGCUAUUCCCAUUCUCCCCAGAAAUAUUCCCAUCCUUCCCAGAGGCAUUGCUGUCCUUCCAGGCUUCUUUUCAUCCUCCCGGAGCUCUUCCCAUCCUUCCCAGGAAUAUUCCCGUCCCCACCCCGGGGUUAUUCCCGUCCUCCCCGGGGUUAUUCCUGUUCUCCCAGGGUUAUUCCUGUUCUCCCAGGGUUAUUCCCGUUCUCUCCAGGGUUAUUCCCGUUCUCUCCAGGGUUAUUCCCGUUCUCCCCAGGGAUGUUCCCGUCCCCUCCCCGGUUCCUCCCCCCGUUCCCCGGCCCGGGCUGAAGGAUCGCUUAAUUCGGGGCUUUAUCCACUUUAAACACUCCCGGGCUAAAAAUAUCCCGAGGCGCGGGCGCGGCGCUGCCGGCCCGGAGCUGCUGGAGCUGCUUUGCCUUUUUUGACGGGAUCGGGAUCGGGAUCGCGGCUGGGGCAGCGCUCGGGUCACCGUCACUGUCACCGUCACUGUCACGGGUGGCACCCGAGCCUCGGGGACACGGCCCUGGGGACCGACAGAGCUCCAGGGAAUUCCAGCUCCUGGAGAUCCCAGCUUGUUGAGAUUCCAGCUCCUGGCAAUUCCAGCUCCUUGGGGACCCGUUGGAAUGGAAGAGGGGCCAGGGCUGGCGCCUCAGUGGCCGUGAGCCGAUGAGUUUCCUCCCGCUGCGCUGACGACGGAUGGGGGCCGGGCGGGGCGCGGGGGGGGCAGGAGGAGGCGGCGGCUGCCCACGGGGCCUGGAGGGGCACAGGGAGCUGCCCACGCACCCCUGGAAAGGGGACACCCCCGGCCAUGGAGGGACCCUCGGUGCUCGGGCCCUGCUCGUGGCAGAGGCGCCGCGCGUGGGCCCGGCACAGCCGGGGCUGCCGCAGCCCCGAGGGCGAGCGGGACCAGGAGGAGGAGGAGGAGGAGGAGGAGGAGGAAGAAGAGGAGCCGGAGGAGGCCGCUGUCCCCUGGGAGCCAGCAGAGCCGGACCGCGAUGUCCUGGAAGGACGUCUCUGCUGCAGGGUCCGGACGUGGCUGCAGGACUGCGGGGCUCUGCAGGACCGGCACCUGAGCCCUGGUGACAGCCCGGCCUCCAGUGUCCCCUCCGGUGUCCUCUCCGGUGUCCCCUCCGGUGUCCCCAGCAGCUCCAGCGUGGCCGCGGUGCUGGCCUGGUGGCACUCGCAGUCGGACGCCGAGGAGAUCCUGCUCGCCCUGGGCUUCGUGGGCAGCGAGCCGGGGGCGGCGUCGCGGGUCCCCCCCCGCUUCUUCUCGGGCCCGUCCCGCGCCAGCGGCAUCGACCUCGGGCUCUUCCUGCGGGCCCAGGCGCGGCGCCUGCAGCUGGAGGAUCCGUGCCUGCAGCUGGCCAGUCGUUUCCAGCAGUUCCAGGCCCUGGCCGCCACCGCCGAAGCCUUCUUCUGCCUCUACUCCCACGUGUCGCGGACCCCCCUGCAGCGCAUCGCCCCCGCCCGGCCCUGUCGCGACAUCCCCGACAGCCCCGGGAGGCGCCUGAAGCGCGCGGUGUCCUCGCUGUGCCUCUACACGGGGAGGGGACACAGCGGUGACACCCCCCGAGGGGCGACCCCCGGCGCGGGCGGGACCCCCGAGGGCUGCCCGGGGGACGGUGACACGGACACGGUGUCCCCGAGGCCGCCCCGUGCGGGGACAGCUUGGGGACACCCCGAGCGCUGCUGUCCCCACGGCCGGGGGCUCUGGGGGCAUGGAGGGGACACAGGGGACCCUCGGGGCGAUGUCACCGUGUCCUGCAGGGUGGCGGUCACUGCCCAGAGACCCCCGGGGCUGCGACCCCCGGGCCAGCCCGGCCUCGGCUCUCGGUGCCACCCGGGGGACACCGCGAAGGCCGGGGGACACCGCGCUGGGAGGGUCCCCGAGCCCCCCCAGCCAGGAGGAGCGGCCGAGUCCUUCGAGCUGGAGGAGGUGCUGAGCGAGGAGGAGGAGGAUGACGGUGAUGACGAGGAUGACGAUGAUGAUGAGGAUGAUGAUGAUGAUGAUCCCGAGGGAGCCACCCGGUCCCCCCAUCCCUUUAUCAGGAGCUCGAUGCUCCACGGGCGCUCGGACAGCAGCGGCUUCGGGGAGGAGCCGCUCCCGACUCUGUGACCCGAGGCCACCUCAGGAGGACGUGUGACCUCGCCCGGGCCUCCCACGGACGUUUUGGACACGCGUGUGACACGUGUGCGUGUGCAGUGUGCGUGUGUGUGUGUGCACGUGUGGGUGUUUGGCACACAAAAACCUCUGGAUUCGGGAUUUUGCCCCAUUUUUUGUUCCUUCCUCAUCCCCCAGCCCUGUGGCUCGGGGCCUGCAGUGGGGACAUGUCCCCAGCCCUCGGGGAUGUGUCCCCAACCCUCAGGGAUGUGUCCCCAACCCUCGGGGACGUGUCCCCAGCCCUUGGGGACAUCACUUGCACUUUGGUUGGUUGCACUAGAGGAGAGUGGGGACACAAUAAAGAC